CCGCACUAAUUAGCGUCCGGUUAAUCCCUGCAAUCAAGAGAAACGAAAACAGAAUCUUUGUUCAAGUGACGGCCCCCUGCUAAAUCAGAAGAUAGAUGCCGAAAGGAUUACGUUCUUCCGCAUGAAAUGAAAGACACCGAUACUGAAUGAGAUGUAAAAGGCAUAAUUUGGCGAUUGUUUCCGAUACACAUGCGGUCUAAACCUUCAUUCUUGAAGCCCCUGUUCGAGCAUGGCUGAGAACGAGUAUGAGCCAAUCGUUGCGCCCAAGGAUGCCAUGCCAAAAGGUUAUGUAUUUGUACCCAAGGGUGAUGUGUAUGUUACUAGACACUGUCGUACACGAACACACGAAGCUCAUCGUACAGUCUAUGUCGUCGAAGGCAAAACUCAAAAGACCCAGGGAAUACGCGUGCCAAGCUUCAUCUACACACAAGUACAGGAGGAUGCGGCAACUACAGCAUCUGCCCGCGCAGCCGUCGUCAGCAAGGUGGAUGUCUCCCGGGCGAACAAGAUACGUUCUGCCUUGAAAAUUCAGUUCUCACAGAUGCCCGACGACGAAGUGGAAAAGGCGCUUGGGCGUACCCUUGUAAAACGCUCAAAACGUGUCGGGCGAUGCGGCACACUUUCAUCCGAGAGAAUAGCCUUCCUGGCAGUCCAGGCACAUGUACGACAUGUCCAUACGCAGUACGACAAACUCAUAUAUCGUGAUGGGCAUAGUCAGGAGGAAGCCAGGGAAUUGACACUUGACAUCGUUAGAGAUAAGAUGAAGGAAUGGGGAUGGAACGCACGCAACGGAUUUAAAUCAAAUAAGCCGGACCCGAAAGAGUCGAGGAGGACUGGAUCAAGGGAAGUUCAGAAGUCUGGUCCAGAAGCAUUGAAGAAGUUGAAUCUGAAAGCUUUAGAGAAGUCGAGCUCGAAACGAUUGAAAAGACCUGGCUCCAGGGAACCGAAGACUUUGACAACGGCACAAGUCAGAAAACCUAAAGAGAGAGCGUGGAACCAAUCGAGCCUAGAUGUGAUGGAAAAUUUGGUGGAAAGACUCCAAGCUUUGGAUCCGCAGCACUGAUCCAUGAUCCAAAUUUGACCGAUUGUUAUCGUCUUCGUCCUGAGGAAAACGAUCAACGUGCGUUCUGGGCGGUAGCAGAGGCUA